AAAGAAAGAAAGAAAGAAAGAAAGAAAGAAAGAAAAAAAGCGUUGUUUGUUUCCUGCAGGAGGGGUGGUGAGAGGUGGUGAGGGAGAGGCGGCCAGAGGGCAGCACUACCAUGGCGGAGGACCAGGAGGUGGUGAAGCUUGAGCUGCUUUGCAAGCAGCUCCAUGAGGCCAGCAAUGGGGGGCAACGGCAGGAGGCAGAGAAGGCUCUCGUGGAAUUCCAGUCUGGCAGAGGCGCCGCCACACUCAGUCAGUGCCAGUUACUUCUGGAUCGUGCCCAGUCAUCCUACUCCCAGUACUUGGCAGCUACCACUCUCACCAAACUGGUCUCAAGAAAUCCCUGCACACUCUCACUCCAGCAGAGGAUUGACAUUCGGAAUUAUGUUCUGAAUUACCUGGCUACUCGGCCCAAGCUGGUACAUUAUGUAACACAGGGCUUGGUGGUCUUGUUUGGCCGCAUCACCAAGCUUGGCUGGUUUGAUGGCGUGGACAAAGAAAAAUGGGCAUUUAGAGAGGUUGUGGAGGAUGUGUCUCAUUUUCUUCAAGGUUCAGUAGACCACUGUGUGAUUGGUGUCCAGCUCCUUGCUCAACUGACAGCCGAAAUGAACCAGAUCUCAGAAUCUGAUGCAAACAAAUCUCUCACCAAGCACCGCAAGAUUGCAAGCUCAUUCAGAGACACUCAGCUCUACAAUAUCUUCCAGCUAUCCUGCACACUUUUGAGAACAGCACUUGAGAACUCAAAGACACUCAAUUUUAAUGAUGAGAGUCAGCAUGGGUUGAUGACUCAUCUGCUUCGGUUAGCGCUCAACUGCCUUACAUUUGACUUCAUUGGGACAUCUGUGGAUGAAAGCAGUGAUGACUUAGGGACAGUACAGAUCCCCACCUCUUGGAGACCUGCCUUCCUAGACUUCUCAACAGUUCAGCUGUUCUUUGACCUGUAUGCAUCCCUCCCUGCAACACUGUCCCCUGUGACAUUAUCAUGCUUGGUGCAGAUUGCCUCUGUGAGGCGAACACUUUUUAGUAAUGAGGAACGAGCCAAGUUCCUCUCUCAGCUAGUCAAUGGAGUUAGGAAUAUACUACAGAAUCCACAGGGCCUGAGCGACCCCUCAAAUUACCAUGAGUUCUGCCGGCUGUUGCUGCGGCUGAAGAGCAAUUACCAGCUGGGGGAGCUGGUGACAGUGGAACACUACCCUGAUGCCAUCGAGCUAAUUGCGAAGUUCACUGUGGAGUCCCUGAAUAUGUGGCAAUUUGCACCCAACAGUGUCCAUUACCUGCUGUCCCUCUGGCAGCGCAUGGUGGGCUCCGUCCCCUACAUGAAGGCCACUGAGCCCCACUUACUGGAGACCUACACCCCUGAGGUAGUAAGGGCGUAUGUGUCAUCUCGCCUGGAGAGUGUAAGUGUGGUGCUGCGUGAAGGCCUGGAGGACCCUCUAGAUGAUGUCACUGUUAUUCAGCAACAACUUGACCAGCUGUCAACCAUUGGACGGUGUGAGUAUGGGAAGACAUGUGCCCUGCUUGUACAACUGUUUGAACAGACUGCACAGCGCUACCAAGAACUAAUAACAGCACGCAUGAACAACAGGUCACAGCAGCACUCAAUGGAAGACAUUGCAAUAUUAGAAGGUCAGUUAACCUGGCUAGUGUACAUGAUUGGCUCAGCGAUUGGUGGACGGGUGUCUUUCAACACCAGUGAUGACCAUGAUGCCAUGGAUGGAGAGCUGGUGUGCAGGGUGCUGCAACUUAUGAAUCUCACAGACUCCUGUCUACCUCAAGGGGGCUGUGAGAGACGGGAGCUGGCCACAAUAUCCUUCUUUGAACAGUUCAGGAAAAUAUAUGUUGGUGACCAAGUCCAUAAAACUUCAAAGUUUUACAGACGACUCUCAGAGAUCCUAGGGCUUAAUGAUGAGUCUAUGGUGUUGGCAGUGUUUGUACGAAAAAUCAUCACAAACUUGAAGUACUGGGGCCACUGUGAGCAGAUCCUAACAAAGACCCUCACGCUACUGUCAGACCUCUCAAUCAGUUACAACAGUGUGAGGAAGUUGGUGAAACUAGAUGCUGUGCAGUUUAUGCUGAACAACCACACAAGAGAAUUCAGAGUGCUUAAAGAGUCUGGUCCUCAAAAUAGUGAACAUUUUCCUUUCCUGGGUGUUGGUGUGUCAGUGCAAGAAAUGCGAAGUCGGACUCUAUUCUACACCUCUCUUGGACGGCUUCUCAUGGUGGAACUUGGAGAGGAUGAGGAAAAGUUCACACAGUUCAUGAUCCCAAUUACAAGUGCAUUUGACAGUGUAGGACGGCUACUGGCUCAGGCAGAGACUCCAGUGUUCCAGGCAGAGGAGGCUAAGAAGGGGCUCAUUGGCCUUGCCAGAGAUCUACGGGGCUUGGCCUAUGCAUUUAAUACCAAGACUUCCUACAUGAUGCUCUUUGAUUGGAUUUAUCCCACCUAUACAGGAGUUUUGGUUCGGGGCGUUGAGAUCUGGUGUCAUGAUCCCCAAGUCACCACUCCAGUGCUCAAGCUUUUUGCUGAGCUGGUCCAGAACAGAUCUCAAAGGCUACAGUUUGAUGUGUCCUCGCCUAAUGGAAUCUUGUUAUUUCGGGAAGCCAGUAAAGUUCUCUGUACAUAUGGUUCUCGUGUUCUGGCCCAGGGUGACAGCAUUCCAAAGGAUCAGAUCUACCCCAUGAGGCUGAAGGGCAUCAGCAUCUGCUUUUCCAUGCUCAAGGCAGCAUUGUGUGGAAACUAUGUCAACUUUGGGGUGUUCCGUCUGUAUGGGGAUGAUGCACUAGACUCAGCCCUCCACACGUUUGUCAAGCUGCUGCUCUCCAUACCACAGUCUGAUCUCCUGGUGUACCCAAAGUUGUCCCAAACCUACUAUGUUCUCUUGGAAUGUUUGGCACAAGACCACAUGAACUUCCUCUCAACCCUUGAGCCAAAUGUGUUCCUCUACAUUCUGUCCUCUAUAUCAGAAGGACUCUCAGCCAUAGACACAAUGGUUUGCAGUGGUUGUUGUGCAACUCUGGACCAUGUGGUCACUUACCUUUACAAACUUUUGCAUCACAAAAGCAAAAAAGGCACGGUGGACCUUGAGAAUGAUGCCCUGGUCAAGGUGAUGAAGCACCAGCCCUCCAUCCUGCAGCAGAUGUUGGCCACUGUUCUCAACACCAUCAUGUUUGAAGACUGUAGGAACCAGUGGAGUAUGUCCCGUCCUCUCCUGCCACUCAUCCUCCUAAAUAAUGAGUACUUUGGGCAGCUGAGGCAACAAAUCAUCAGUCAGCAGGCACCAGACAAGCAAGGGGCAAUGGCACAGUGGUUUGACAGUCUCAUGGAAGGAAUUGAGCCCAAUCUUCUCACCAAGAAUAGAGACAAAUUCACGCAGAACCUGUCAGUGUUCCGACGGGACAUCAACGACUCUCUGAAGGGACCAGUAACAAGUAGUGGCGGUGGGGGAGGCAGUGAGAUGAUGACAUCGUGACGUCAACACCAGCACACCCGUCAGUCCAGCCACCCUCAGCCCCGCCAGGAUAUCCCUAGCCGCCGCCGCUGCUACUCCCUGUCCGCAUCCACCGCCACCUUCGCCGGUUCCACAGUGACCAAUGCUACCCUUAAUGUUAUGGCAGAUUCAAAUUGCAAUCACUUUGCUCUACUGUGGUUGACAUAGUUUCAUUACUAAGAAGUCUUUUUGACUACCCAUUUUGAACCAUAUUUUGUAAUUAGACAGUUUUUGCAAAAGAAAAUUACUUUUUGUACAGAAAUGACAAAUGGGACCUGAAUGAACUUUAGUAGUGUUAAAUGGUUUUGUUUGUACUAGCUUCAUCACAGUCUGUCUGAGGUCUUGUAUAUCCAUGGUAGUGUGGUGAUACCACGUUGCUUUCUGGUCUUCACUAAUAGAUUGUGCCUCAGUAUACUACAGUGGGAAGAACUGAUGUGGCUGAAAAUACCAUUGUAGUAAGUGUGGGUAUGUGUGUAGCAGUGUGAGUGUUGCUGGUUCCCUGUGUGCAGUUCCUUGUGGUCUUGGGGGGAGGGAGAGUGAUCUCACGGGUACACUUGGCAGCUACUGCGAUGAAGCAUACCAAAAGAAAUGAAGGGCCACAGAAGAGCUACAGUUGCUAUGUAACAGAUACUACUACCCUGGGAGCCUUGUCUGAGGUGGCAUCAGCUUGAUCCUGUGUCGAGCGGGAAGACUGUGAGUGCCAUGUGUGGUGGCCGUGUGGACGUGAUGAGAAGCAGGUGUGGGAGAGCUGGGCAGACGAUGGUACAGAGCUGUAACUAAAGAGACCACACACAACUAAAAGUGAUACAGUAGGUUGCCUUCUAAUUUUAUUUGAAAAAUUCAAAACUUUUUUUUACUAUUUAAUAUGUUUGAAAUGUCCUGAAAAGUGAAUGUGCAUGGUUAAAAAAUAAUUUUAUAGGCUAGGAGAAAUGUAAGAAGUUUGUUUUAUUUUAGUUUGUAAAUCAGAAGGGAGUUGGUGCCAGUGUCUACGUGAAGUAGAAGUUUUGCUCAGAGGAGUUUGGGUCUCGUGUUGUUGGCUGACAGGAACCAACACUUAAGUUUGACGAGUUACCUUCAGUCACAGGUUAUUUCAGUCAUUAUUUUAGAGGUGAGAGCAGGUAGCAACAUUCUUGCUGUCCUGCUAUCUUGUCAGUCUGUGUAGCAGUAAGGGCUACUGUGUGCCUGUCCAGAAGGCAUGUGUGGCCAGACUCUAUAGGGCAUCAAAUGUACCUCCUCACCACCUGGGAAACACCAAAAUUUUCAGACCUUUUGUAAAGCCUCAGUUAUGUAUAUAUAUGUAAUGAACAGAUUAUGCUAGAUUUCUCUUUUUCAAUUUGUCUGCAAGUUAGUGUUUACCUCAUUGUUGACCUUUCUGGACCAGAUAUGCAAGUGUUGUCUAAAGGGAGCAGAAGAGGUUGAAGCAUUGACAGGUCUUUCAAAUGAGUGUAAACCUCUAUUACAAGGAGAGCUGCUGGACUUAACUUUCAGCCAAUAUGAAUCUGCCACAAUCCAUACUUACAGAAGGAGAAUUGUACAAUGUUUCUGUGAUGGAAUAGCAUAUUGUUUAAAUAAAUAGGAAAAAUGG